AUGUGGUGGUGGAUGCUCGGGCUUUUGGCCUGUGUGCUGCUGCUGGCGGUCGUCAUCUUCUUUCUGACGGCCGGACGGCGAUACAAGGUGUUCAGCGAGAAGAGCCUGAGGCCACCAGCGCCCUUGGUCACCGACAGCCGGCAGAGGGACGACCGGCUGAAGAGAGGCUUUCGUGAGGACCGCGUUCCCCCGGCUCUGGAUGCCGUGGUGAUCGGCAGCGGUGUCGGCGGUUUGACAGCAGCGGCGCUUUUGUCUAAAGCCGGCAAGAGGGUUGUAGUCCUUGAGCAACACGAUCAGGCUGGAGGCUGCACACACACCUUUCAGAAUAAGGGAUUUGAGUUUGAUGUGGGUAUCCACUACCUCGGCCAGCUCCACGAGGGCAGCAUGCUGAGGGUCGCUCUGGACCAAAUCACAGAGGGACAGUUGCAGUUCACACGGCUGGAGCAGCACUUUGACACACUGAUCCUGGGUCAGCGUGACCAACGCAGGGAGUACCAUAUCCAUGCAGGGAAGACAGAAAUGGCAGAUAGCCUGAAGAAGCAGUUCCCAGGAGAGGAGGAGGCCAUUGACGAGUUCAUGAGAUUGAUGAAGCUUGCCUCACGCCGGACGCCACUCAUAGCCACCUUGAAGAUCAUUCCUUAUUGGCUGGCUAGCUUCCUGGUUCGAUCCGGCCUGUUGGAUCGCAUAUCUUCAGUGUUCCGCCUAGCAGCAACCAACCAUUCAGAAAUGAUGUCCCGCCUCACAAAGAACAAGGACCUGAAGGCCCUGUCUGCCUACCUGUUCUAUGGUGUCCCUCCUAAGGACUCCAGCUUUCUCAUCAACGCUCUCCUGCUUCACCACUACAAGCGUGGUGCGUACUACCCGCGGGGGGGCGCCAGCGAGUUCGCCUUUCACAUCAUCCCUGUCAUUCAGCGGGCGGGUGGCGCUGUGCUGGUCCGGGCUCCUGUGCACCGCAUCCUGCUCAACCAGCAAGGGAAGGCCUCCGGUGUGACGGUUCUGAAAGGCCAGGAGGAGUUUGAGAUCCACGCCCCCGUGGUCAUUUCCAACGCUGGAAUCUUCAACACCUUCCAGAAGUUUCUGCCUCAACCUGUGCAGGACAAGCCAGAGAUACAGUCCUUGUUGGGCCUGGUGCGUCAUGGUAUGGGUUCCUUCUUGGUCUUUGUUGGUCUGGAUGGAACCAAAGAAGAGCUGGGCAUCGUUUCGACCAACUUUUGGAUGUACAAAGACAAUGACUUGGACACACUUAUGGAGCGUUACUCUUCUCUGAGCAGAGAGCAGGUACUGGGAAACAUUCCCAUGAUGUUCAUCACCUUCCCAUCAGCUAAAGAUCCUACAUCCAAUGUCAGACACCCAGGUAACUGGUGCACAUAUUGACACAGAAGUGUUGGCUUGCCAUCAAAUCCGAUCUUCUCUUCCACACGCAGGCUUGUUUGUGGGAAGAGACGCCACUUAACGCAGAAAUACUGGAGGAGGAUUAGAAACCUUCAAUUAUUUCAAUCUAACUGCUCCUUUAAAAUGAAAUGCCUUCAACAUUUGAUUUAAGAGGUCUAUGGUCAUAUACUAAAUUGUUGGCCAAAAAAAAGUCUCUUACUUUUUCUUUUCUUUCAUCACAUUAGAUUAUAUAACUCUAGCAAUGUAUGAAUAACGAAAAGGGGAUUCCUCUUUGCUAUUUGUUAUACAAAUGUCUUCGUCUUUCCUGGUCAAAUAGAGAACAUGCUUCUGUAUGUAUGGAACAAGAUAAUGUCCUAUACUUUGACACAGAUGUUUUCUUAUACACGAACAUCUGCAUGUGUGUUGUGACUGCCCCACAGCGCUCAUCAUUGACAGAAAC